AUGGCUUUCGAUAGCAGUAUUUUUGAGGAGUUUACCAAGUGGGUCGUUACUGAGAUUGAACCCGGCUUCAUCCAUGUUCAAUACAACAACCCAAAAACUCUCAAUGCCUUCACUGAGGAAGAUUGGAGAGCCUACCAUUACAUCCUUGAGUGGUUGGACUCUGAUCCUGGUACCAACAUCAUCUUGUUGUCGUCUAAGGUCGAGAAGGCAUUCUCUAGUGGCUUGAAUUUGAAAUCCGCCAUGACCUUGAUGAACGCCAAGGAUGACUGGUCUUUUGAAAACAAGAAGAAGUUCAUGUACAAGCACAUCAAGGAGUUUCAAGACGCUGUUACCAUACCCGCCAGAAUGAGAACUCCUACAAUUGCCCUCUUGAACGGUGUUUCUUACGGUUUGGCCUUGGACAUUGCCUCCGCUUGUACCAUCAGAAUUGCCGUCGAUGGUGUGAAGAUGUCUAUUAGAGAGAUCAAGAUCGGUAUUGUUGCUGACAUGGGCUCCUUGCAGAGAAUGACCAACCUUGUCAACAACAAGUCCAGAAUGAACCAGUUGGCAUUGACCGGAGAUACCUUCGGAGCUAAAGAUGCCUACGAAUUGGGCUUCGUGUCUGAAGUUGUUCCGGACUUGAAAACAGGUGUCGACCGUUGUAUUGAAUUGGGCCAGCUGAUCAACAGCAACCCACAGUGGGCCAUCAAGGGCACCAAGGACUCCAUCCAGUACAUGGUGAACGGUGGUAACCACGAGCAGGGAUUGAAGGACAUUGCCGAGUACAACUCCAUCUACCUUGUGGGUGGCAUAACGUCUGGUAUGCCUUCAAAGCUUUAA